AUGUGGCACGACUACUACCGCCACUGCUUUGCCCUCGCCACCACCCUUCGACGCUACGGCAUCGGCCAUGCCGAGGGUGGCCAAGCCAAGGUCCUCUACCUUCUCGUCGGUGAUCCCACGAGCCACAUUUUACAACACCCAGUCGUCCUCGCCGGCUUCUUGCUCGACUUUUGGAUGAGUCCUGACUACGUCAUGCGGGCGAUCCUUCGGGUGAUGCAAGUCGCCGACGUUCCGAACUUUCUCAUCGCGUCGCUGUACCUCUCGCGGACCGUGUGGUUUUCGUUACUGCCCUUCCGGCUGGGAAAAGAGCGUCUCUGUGCAGACGUGGAUCCGACGCUACUGGCCUUCGUGGCGGUCGCGGUCGCCGGCCCCCUCAGCUACUUGCAGUCGCAGCUGCGCACCCUCAUUCACGUCUACCACUACCUCUGCACGGCGACGGUCCGCGAUGCAACGUCGAUCGAGAUGGGUGUCUCGGCACUGCUCUAUACGAUCGUCAUGGGCUGCCUCCCGCUCACGUACGGCUUUGCAGUGGCUCGCUGGCGUUCGCGACGGCGGGUGCAGUCGAGUGACAGUGCGAAAUAUCUCAUUCAUGCGCACGAUGUCAAGCACAAAUGGGGUCUCUCGCUCUGUCUCUGGCCCCACAGAAACGUGCUGGAAGCCGGCGGCAGCGUCCACCGCCUCUUUGCCAUUUGCCCCGAGACCAAGGCAGUGGUUGGCUUGAGCCAAACCGGCACCGACUGCUUCAUCGUGUACCGCACGGAGCCCAAGACGACCCACUGCGUGCGCGUGAGCCUUGUGACGAGCACCAUCGAUAGGCGCCACCUCUCCAACGAAUCGAAAAUGACCAAGAAAGCGGCCGUGGGGUAUGUGGAUCUGGACGCGGAGCCGCCGGUCGUCUACACCGGGGUCAAUGCAUCGCCAUGGGUCAUGUAA